AAAAAUGGCGGCCCCCUACAGCCUUCGGCUACUACCCAGUCCACGCCAACUUUGACCACCGGUGGUGCCCUAGUCACAGUUCCCGGGAGUGGCGGCCUCUGCCUGGCUCUCACCAUGCUCCACUUCGGCCGCUGGGGUCGCCAGGUAGCGGCUCGCCUCAGCAAACAGCCCCCGCCGCUGUCCCGCUCCUGCGGAGGCCGCGCGGUGCCGCACUACGACGUGGUGGUCAUUGGCGGGGGGCAUGCGGGGACGGAGGCGGCGGCGGCCGCGGCUCGAUGUGGCUCCCGGACUCUGUUGCUCACGCACCGCGUAGACACUAUCGGUCAGAUGUCAUGCAAUCCCUCCUUUGGAGGCAUUGGGAAAGGGCAUUUAAUGAGGGAAGUAGACGCCCUGGAUGGUCUGUGUUCUCGGAUCUGUGAUCAGACUGGUAUACAUUAUAAAGUACUGAACCGGCGUAAGGGCCCAGCUGUAUGGGGUCUCCGAGCUCAGAUUGAUAGGAAACUUUAUAAGCAGAAAAUGCAGGAGGAAAUCUUGACCACGCCACUGCUAACUGUUCUAGAGACAGCUGUGGAAGAUCUUCUUCUUAUGGAACCAGACUCGGGCCGCCCUGGAAAAUGUCGUGUCAAUGGUGUUGUAUUAGAGGAUGGAAGCAAAGUGUAUGCUGAGAGUGUUAUCCUAACUACUGGCACAUUUCUUAGAGGAAUGAUUCUAAUUGGAUUGGAAGCAUAUCCAGCAGGGCGUCUAGGAGAUCAGCCUUCUAUUGGCUUGGCACAGACUCUGGAGAAAUUGGGGUUUGUUAUGGGGAGGUUGAAGACAGGGACUCCACCCCGAAUUGCCAAAGAUUCUAUUAAUUUUAGCAUUUUGAAUAAGCAGAUGCCUGACAACCCAUCUGUACCAUUCAGCUUUCUCAGUGAAGCAGUCUGGCUUAGGCCAGAAGACCAGCUGCCAUGUUACUUAACACAUACCAACUCAAGAGUCGAACAAAUAGUUAAUGAGAACAUUCAUCUUAACAGUCAUGUGAAGGAAACUACCAAAGGACCCAGAUACUGUCCUUCAAUUGAAUCAAAGGUUUUACGUUUUCCAAACCGUAUACAUCAAGUUUGGUUGGAACCAGAAGGAAUGGAUUCCGAUCUCAUCUAUCCACAAGGGCUUUCUAUGACACUACCACCUAAUGUGCAAGAACAACUGAUCACAUCUAUCAGAGGCUUGGAGAAAGCCAGGAUUGUACAGCCAGGUUAUGGUGUUCAGUAUGAUUAUUUAGACCCCCGUCAGAUCACUCCUUCUCUUGAGACUCAUUUGGUUCAGCAGCUUUUCUUUGCUGGACAAAUAAAUGGUACCACUGGUUAUGAAGAAGCUGCUGCCCAAGGUAUAAUAGCUGGAAUCAAUGCCAGUCUUCGGGCCAGUGGCAAACCUCCGUUUAUCAUUAGUCGCACAGAAGGCUAUAUUGGGGUCUUGAUUGAUGACCUUACCACACUGGGCACUAGUGAACCAUAUCGAAUGUUUACUAGCCGAGUGGAGUUCCGUGUGUCUCUCCGGCCUGAUAAUGCUGACAGCAGACUUACUUUCCGAGGCUACAAGGAAGCUGGUUGUGUAUCUCAGCAGCGAUACAAUCGAGCUUCUUUGGUGAAGUCUUUUUUAGAAGAAGGAAUUUCAGCACUGAAAUCUCUCCAGUUUUCUGGCUACAAAUGGAAAAAAUUGAUUCCAGAAGCCCCAGUCAGCAUUACUAAAAGCGAGCCUCAAAGCGCUCUGGACAUUUUGAAAUAUGAAGAAGUUGACAUGGCAAUGUUAGCAAAGGUUCUUCCAGAACCCUUAGCAAAGUUUGCUGAAUGUCAAGAACUAAUGAACAGACUGAAAAUAGAAGCAACUUAUGAAUUAAGUCUGAUUCUUCAACAACAGGAAAUAGAGGAAGUUCAACGAGAUGAAACCCUUCAGCUCCCAAAAGAUCUGGAUUAUUUGACUAUCAGAGAGGUUUCCUUGUCCCAAGAAGUUCGAGAGAAGCUUCAAUCCAGUCGCCCACAGACAAUUGGAGCUGCUAGUCGAAUACCUGGGGUGACUCCUGCUGCCAUUGUUAAUCUUUUGAGAUUUGUAAAGACUACUAAGCAAAAAGAGGAAUCUGUACAUAAACUGUCUCUAAGUAAUCGAUACUUAAGUGACACAGACAGACUUCAAAAGAUAGAAUUGUAGCAUUUUAUUUAUAAAAGAGUUUCUGAAGGACUGCUGAACCAAUUUCUUAAAGGAAUAUAUACAACAACAACGAUAUAAAUUAAUGAUAACAUGUCUAACAGCAAAGUGUAAUGUAUGUACUUUAUGAAAUCAUUGUGGAUUGCCAUUAAUUUUAAGAGAAGAACCAAAAAGUAUCCUUUCAAGAAACUUGGAUUAUGGUUUUGAAGAAAUAAUUAAGAAGAAACUAUUCAAGAAAAUUGGGGAGACUUUGUAUGAAUCAGUGCAUUGUGAAGUGAACUUGGGAUUUGAAUCUUAAACUACUGACAAAGUAUUGGACUGGAUUCAGUUGCUAUAAUGGGACUAGACAGAGACAAUCAAUCUCUUUUUUCUCCCAAAGGAAAAGACAGAACUAAAGAGCAUAGCAAAAUAACAGGGGAAAUCCUUUUUCUCUUCCCUUCCUCCCAGUCCAUAUAAUGCCACUAAUUUGUGGCACUCUACCACAAAUUCCCACAUCACUAAUGGGAGAGGGAAUAUAAACAAGGCAACUCAAAAUCCUUGGGCUGUGUCCCAGCUGCGAUUCCCCUGUACCUAUGAUGCUGCUGCUGCCCAGAAAAAUUGGUCUUUAAAGUAA